AUGGCCUCCAAGGUCGAUCCAGCGAUCCUAGAAGUACUAGGUCUAGACGCGCAAGCCACCAGAAUCACUUCACAUGGCGGCUCGGGGUUCGCCUCGACUUUCAAACUGAGCUCAACAGUAGACGGGAAGGAGAAGAACUAUUUUGUUAAGACCGGAACAGGAGCUGAUUCUGAACUCAUGUUUAAAGGAGAACACGUCUCUCUCAACGCCAUCCACUCCGUCGUCCCCAACCUAUGCCCCCAAUCCCACGCCAACGGCGUCUGCCAGGAGAAUGAGGCCAAAUUCUUCCUAGUAACAGAUUUCCUCGAGCUAGGGUCAUCGCAGCCGAACGGCUCAGGGGACUCCCUCGCCAAGAAACUGGCAAAGCUGCAUACGACUCCCGCCCCGAUCCCAGACGGCUUCGACAAGCCCAUGUUCGGGUUCCCGGUGACGACGUGCUGCGGGUCCUCGCCGCAGGAUAACUCGUGGAAGAGCUCCUGGGCGGACUUCUACGCGAACAAUCGACUACGCGCGAUCCUGAAGCAGGGCAUCGAGGCCAACGGUAUGGAUCUGGAGAUUACGAAGGCGGUGGAGAGGACGGCGACUUCGGUGGUGCCGAGGCUGAUUGGGGACGGUCGUGUCGCGGGUGUUUAUCCGGUUGUUGUGCAUGGGGAUUUAUGGAGUGGGAAUCAUGGACGAGGGAGGAUUGCGGGCGAAGGGGGUGUUGAGGAGGUUGUGUUCGAUCCGUCGGCUGUGUAUGGACACUCGGAGUACGAGUUGGGUAUUAUGCGUAUGUUUGGAGGAUUUGGGACGAGUUUUUGGAAGGAGUAUGAGGGUUUGGUGCCGAAGGCUGAACCGAAGGAGGAGUGGGAGGAUAGGGUGGUGUUGUAUGAGUUAUACCAUCAUCUGAACCAUUGGGCGUUGUUUGGUGGUGGGUAUAGGAGUGGAGCGAUGUCGAUUAUGAAGAAGCUUAAUACGAAGUACGGAUGA